CCGCGCGCCAAGAUAAUCCAUGGGGCCGAGCGCGCCCGCUGAGGGAGGAGGGAACGAGAGCGGCGGGAGUCGGUGCCGGCCGGGUUCUGGAACAUACCCUUCAAAGGACUAAAGGAAGUGACUGCUGAGGAUAAAGAAUAUGCAAUUGUGUAAAUCUCAACUGCAUUAAAUUGAAAGAAAAGUUUAGAAUAAAGUCUCUUAACUAGGGAAGGACAGAGAUGUGUUUUGGGCAUUCCUACAGGUGAAUGUAAAGCAGUGAAGCAUAUAAAUGUUCCUCUGCCUACCAUGUGCUAGUGUUCUGUGGGACCAGGUUGGUGUUAGCAUCUGCACUUAGUGCCAGUCAGAACUGGUUGUAAAGGACUGGUGGGGAUGGACACAAGGGUCCCCAAGCAGCCAUGCAGCAGGUCUUAGACAACCUUACCGAUCUGCCGACAUCAACAGGCGCUGAAGAGAUAGACCUGAUUUUUCUGAAAGGAAUUAUGGAAAACCCUAUCGUAAGAUCACUUGCUAAGGCUCAUGAGCGACUGGAAGAUUCUAAACUUGAGGCUGUCAGUGACAACAACCUGGAGCUGGUGAAUGAAAUUCUCGAAGACAUCAGUCCGUUAGUAAAUAAAGAUGAAAAUAUUGCAGAAUUGGUUGGAAUACUCAAGGAACCUCAUUUUCAGUCACUCUUGGAAGCACAUGAUAUUGUCGCUUCAAAAUGUUACGAUUCCCCUCCUUCUAGCCCAGAAGUCAAUAAUUCUUCAGUGAACAACCAGGUUGUUCCAGUAGAUGCUAUUCGUAUCCUUGGAAUUCACAAAAGAGCAGGAGAACCACUGGGUGUUACAUUUAGAGUUGAGAACAAUGAUCUGGUAAUAGCACGAAUUCUUCAUGGAGGAAUGAUAGAUCGACAAGGUCUUCUGCAUGUAGGUGACAUUAUUAAAGAGGUGAAUGGCCAUGAGGUUGGAAAUAAUCCAAAAGAAUUGCAAGAACUGCUGAAAAACAUUAGUGGCAGUGUCACUUUGAAGAUUCUUCCCAGCUACAGAGACACCGUUAUUCCUCAACAGGUUUUUGUGAAGUGUCAUUUUGAUUAUAAUCCAUAUAAUGACAACCUCAUUCCAUGCAAAGAAGCAGGUUUGAAAUUUUCUAAAGGAGAAAUUCUUCAGAUUGUAAACCGGGAAGAUCCGAAUUGGUGGCAGGCUAGUCAUGUCAAAGAAGGAGGAAGUGCAGGUCUAAUUCCCAGCCAGUUCCUGGAAGAGAAGAGAAAGGCCUUUGUUAGGAGGGACUGGGACAACUCAGGGCCUUUUUGUGGAACAAUAAGCAGCAAAAAAAAGAAAAAGAUGAUGUAUCUCACUACAAGAAAUGCAGAAUUUGAUCGCCAUGAAAUCCAGAUCUAUGAGGAAGUGGCCAAAAUGCCUCCUUUUCAAAGGAAAACACUAGUCUUGAUUGGGGCCCAAGGAGUGGGGCGAAGAAGUUUGAAGAACAGGUUCAUAGUACUGAAUCCUACUAGGUUUGGAACUACGGUGCCAUUUACUUCACGAAAGCCAAGGGAUGAUGAAAAAGAUGGGCAAGCGUACAGAUUUGUGUCACGAGCUGAAAUGGAGAUGGAUAUUAAAGCUGGAAGAUAUUUAGAGCAUGGAGAAUAUGAAGGAAAUCUUUAUGGCACCAAAAUUGAUUCCAUCCUUGAAGUUGUUCAGACAGGAAGGACCUGCAUCUUGGAUGUAAAUCCACAGGCCCUGAAAAUACUGAGGACUUCAGAAUUCAUGCCCUAUGUAGUGUUUAUUGCUGCUCCAGAGUUGGAGACUUUGCGAGCUAUGCACAAGGCUGUGGUAGAUGCUGGAAUUACAACCAAACUUCUCACUGACACUGAUCUGAAAAAAACAGUAGAUGAAAGCGCCCGGAUCCAGAGAGCGUACAACCACUACUUUGACCUGACCAUUGUCAAUGACAACCUGGACAAAGCCUUCGAGAAGCUGCAGACUGCCAUUGAGAGACUGAGGCUGGAGCCACAGUGGGUCCCCAUCAGCUGGGUGUAUUGAGAUGUCUGGAGAGGAGCUUAAGUAACAAAUAAAAUCAACAGCAGCAAAUGUGACAUGUACAUACUGAUGAUAACCUACAGCACCUGUGCAUUUUUACUCUGUGUAUAUUCAAAAGUACACUGUUCUGAAUUUUUAUAAAAAUGUUGAAGAGAAAGUGUACUUAAAUAUGUAAUUUAUUUUAAUUUUUCUAACUUUUUACAGAUAACCUUUCUAUUCAUAUCACAUAAAGGAAAUGCGUUUAAGCAUUUUUCUAUGUUUUGAUUUAGUACCUUUACCUUUUUCAUCUAAGAAACUUUCAGUCAUUCACUUCAACAUUUACAUCUUGGUCUUACAUUUUCACUGUGAUUAAAAAAAGGAUACUUGAAACAAUUUUUGUAAAAUUUGUUAAUGUCAGUGUUUAACUGAUCAAAAGUCUAUCACUCUUAUUAGGAAAGAACACUAAUUUCUUCGUUUUUUUUUAAAAUUCCUUAAAAAAUCAAAAUUUCAUGGGAGCAGAAUUUUAAAUAUUACAAGCAGCAACAAACAGCUCCAUUGUUCCAGCUUCUUUCGGCUUAAUGUGGGUGCAUUCCUGAUGUUUCACAAGUUCUUGAUAUCUCUUGAUUUAGGUAACUUUUAUGUAGGUUCCCCUAUAUCUGUCUCCUAAGUUAACAUAGAGCAAUACCUUGCAAGCUGCUUAUUAAGCUUUCUUGGGAGCCAACCUGUUUGUUAGCCCAUUAGAGUUGAAGUACUGAUAUUAGAAAGUCAUAUGCCAGGUAAUUCAGUGCAAUUUGAAUAAAGGUGAAGUAGCUUGAGAGAGAACCUGAUAAUGUGGAGCCUUGUAAGUGACACUUAAUGUUUAGGACUAUUUAUUCACACUUGUGAAAACAGACUGCUUUAAGAAAAAAAAAAAAGGCAUUUUCUUUUCUUAGAACAUUGUUCUAUAUUUGUAUAGUGAUCUGUGGCUUCAUUUCCUGUGAUGUCUGACUGGGUUCUAAAUUAUCUUUUAAAUAUUUGUGUGUGAUCAACUGCUGUAUUUUAUGAGUGUUGCGUAAUGGCAUUACUGUGCUUUUUCUCACAUUGUUUUUAAUUGCAUUUUUCAUUAGAUAGCUUGUGAAUUGGAAGCUUACUACUAAAAAGCAAUGUUGUUUAUACCUUUUUUGUUUUACAAUGUAUUUUGUUUAGUGACAGUUCUCCCCUCAGUAGGCUCAUUGAUAUAAUUUGUAUUAGGUUCAAGUUCAUCGAUCAAAACUUAGGCUGAUGUAAAUUUCUGCUUAAUGAGAACAGAACAAAAAGACAGCUUGUUGCACAGACGAGCUCUUUUUGUGACCAUGUUUUAUAUUAUAGUGUCAGCUGUUGUAUAUAGUCAGAUUCACCAUCAUGUACUGGGUUAGGUGUCUAAACUGAAGUCAUCUGUUUAAUUUCUCUUCCAUCUGGUGACAGGCACCUGGCUUCUGGAUUCUUUCUCAACACCAAAGUGUGACAUGGAGUGCUAUCAAAAGGCAGCUUCCUCAGAACUAUUUCUGGAGGAAGACAGGCUUAGACACUGAAAAACAGUAUUGCUUCCUGGGGCUCUCAAAAGACUUUUAUGUGCACAAGGAAAAGAAAAAAUGGAGUUGAUGCACUACAGGAAAAGUGUGUUAAAAAAAAAAUCCCUCAAAACACCCGUAUACUACAAAUGAUUUUUACAAAGCCUAUGAAGUUGGUUGUUGUGGGGAAAAAGGGGCAGAGGGGACUUUAAAUCGCAGUGUAUGUGGAAAAUAUCAGUCAAACUUGUGUAUGGCACAGGAAAUCUUUGUGGCUCUUAAUACUGAGAUUUCAGUCUUUUAGAGGGAAUCUGAAAUUCUCUAAGGAAAAUUUGUACCACUACUUUGUUUUACUGCUAUACUUUUCAGGAUGUGUUUUCUCUGGUUUUGUUUAAGUUUGGCAGAGCUUUUAAAUGUGGCACCAGCAUGGGACUCUUAGUUUCCUUUCCCAGGAAACAUGUUCUUUGAUCCUAUCACUCAGAGGCUGCUUUGAGAAAUGGAUCAAGUUUUGUAUGUAGCAGUAAAUGAUAGCAGGGCCGUUGCUUGGCUAUUUUAAUGAUUUGCUUUUGGCACUCUAUGCUGAACAUGACUGAACUGUGUUUGUGUAUUGUGUCAUAGGAGACCUCCAUAUGCUGUAAAUAAGAUGUGCUGUCUGGACAGAUAUGAUGCCUUUUCAUUAUGAGUUAGAAAAAUACUCUUAUUUAUGAUGCCAAAAAUGGGCUGAGUUCACUCUUCCCUAAUGAAUGGAAUGAGAAGAUUCUUCAGUUUACACACCGUAGUACUUUAUAUUGCAAAUAUCACUUAUUUUUAUCUCUUCUUUUUCUGUAAGUUUACUUAACCAAAUGAGACACAUGAAACAUGGACACCAAGGUUUAGUCAGGAUAAGCUCUCUGCUCCUUCUGCUUCCAUCUCAGAGAGAACACUGUCGAAAGAGUCUCCUAGUUAGCAGUCUCCAAAAUAUCCAUAUAUUUGCUGAAGCCUAAAGCUUUAGCAUUUGCUACAGGUUCGCACUGUGUGUUUAAAUCAGGCAGUGAGCACAGUGCAGCCUGGUGGCUGAGCAUUGGUGGUGGUAGUGUAGAUGCCAAUGAGCAGUACAAUUCUUAAGCAAUAAGAGAAGAUGGCUUGCUUAGGUUGCAGGCAAUGAUUGUAUGGAAGUGUCUGCAGGUUUUAUCUGGAUGUCCACAUGCCAGGUUGUAAGGGGGAAAACAACCCAAACACCACACUCUUGCAUCUUUUAAAUCUUGAGGGUUCAUACUGGCGUGUUUAAUGUUGAGAGAGGGAGAAAGGUUGGCUUGUUUUUUUGCAGUGGUGGGUCUUGGUUUUGUUUUUUAGCAAAAACAGAUUUUCAUCAGAUAUUCUGCUUAGUUUGUCACUACCUGGUAGGAUGACUAGCAUGAGAAUGACAGUUACUUUUUUUAAAAAAAGCAUUCUUGGGGGUUCUUACAGUGCUGGUGCCAUUUCAGUGACAUUCACAGCAGUGACAGUCCCUACCUGCCAGGGUGUGCUGGAUCAGCUGUUACACAGGGACCUGUAUAUUGUGCAAUUAGGGGAGAAAGACACUAUGAAAGGCUCAUUUUGAGCAAGUGAAAACAUUUCAUAGAACAGCUGUUUGAAGUAUUUCAGAGGAGUUAAAAUAACUGGGAUUUCAUGUAUCUCAUUCUGUACUAAACAUUAAUUUUCCAGAUACUAACAGGAAAACUUUUUACAUUGACUGUUAAUGAUUACAAUAGGUGUGUCUGAGCGAGGUGAAGAUGCUGCUAAAUGUUUAAGAUAUGUGGUAUGUAUCACAAGAUAAAUAUUUAAGUAGUUUAGAAAAGUAAAUUAUCAAGUAGUUGUCUGUGUAUAUGUAUGUAUGUGGAUGGUAAAACAAAAAAUGCUCAUGUUGGUUAUCACAUUACUAAGCUACCAUGACUUAAUCCAGAAAUGUACCUGCAUGUGAGACUUUAGAACUGGUACACUUCUCUACCUGGUUUAUUGUGUUUACUAAUGUAUAUUUUUCUAAAUAUACAGAUAUUUCAAUCUAAAAAAUUCUAUAUUUAUCUGUAAUUUCUAUCUGUUUUGGACAGUGCAUGAGGUGCUGUAAAAUUCUGUACAUAUAGAGACUUAUAGAAGAAACACUGUCGUUGCCCUGUGAAUGAAAAGUUAUACAUAGAAGUACAGUCAGUAUGCCAAGACCUGUAAGUUAUUUCCCUGAAUUCACCAAAAAUUCCCUUAAGCGUGCACCAAUCUCAACUUUCAUGUAAAUACCCUGGUGCAUGUGUACCCAGGUGAUUACCUUGCUGUCUCUAAAUGUUACUAGCAGGUCUAUUUUAGGUUCUGCAUCAUGUGACAAGAUGCAGUUCAAGUUUAGUGGGAUAAUUAUAAUGGAAAGUGGGAUAGUUAUAAUGGAAUAUGUCAUCUUGCAUAGAUUUAUAAAAGUCUUUCAAAAUGUUCUGCAAAUAUACAGUGAAGGUAAAAUUGGAGCACAAUCACAGACCUUUGUAGGCAAGGAAAAUUGAAUUUAUAACCGACGCAGUAUCUGUAACUUGUGCCGUGUUCUCAGAUCAGGGCAGCUCUGUGUACUUAGUCAUACAGAAGCUUUGUGAAGCAGGAUGGUGGAUCAGCUCAUCACUUUUGAAUUUGUGUUUAUAUAAACUGUCACAUCUUGGAUAGGCUCAAAAUGUGACAUUUAUUUCCCCAUCCUCUGUACUCACUGCAUCUUCUAAAAUCACACCUAAGUGACUUGCUGUACAAAUUGCCUGCAGCUCAGUACUCAGAAGUCAUCUGGGUUUGGUUUUGUUUUGAAAAGGGUGAUUCAGCUGA